GACCGAGACCAAAGCAUUUCUCUUCGGUGCACGGAUCUGCUCUUCAUCUCACCAAAGGGCAGAUCCACUACCCGUUCCACUGCUCAGGCCUCUUCCCUGUCCGACCAGAAACCCUUCGGUUCUUCUCCCGAGAAGGUUGCGCCGCCGGUUGCAGUUCUGGCGAGUGGGAUACAACCGGGAAAGGUGGUCAAAUUAAAACUGCCCCGUUACAAUGGCCGGAAGAUUAGCUGAGAGCGAGGCGAUUUUCCUGAGCUGGUCUUUGAUUCUCAUCAGUCUUCUAGUGUCUGAUGUGCAAGCAACUCUUUCAUCUGCCAGUUACAAUCUGUAUUCUUCCAGGUCCGCUCCGGACUACAGUGCCUACAGAGCCCUCGGGCGCGGCAAGAACUGGUGCGCUUAUAUUAUGAAGAAGAACGUGACCUGCUCGGUGGUAGACGGAGCACAAAGUUACAUCAAGGCCGACUAUCAGCCUUGCCCCUGGGGUCUGGCCAACUGUCCAUCUGUUGUGGUAUAUCGAACUCAUUUCCGUCCUACGUAUAAAAUUUCAUACAAGGUGGUGACUCAGCUGGCGUGGAGGUGUUGCCCUGGGUUUAAGGGUGAAGAUUGCAAGCAUGGUCUGUCAACACGUACUGCAGUUUCUCCUCUGCCAUCUUCUGAUCCCCGAAAGAGGAAUCUCACUCCUGAACUGACAGAGAGGCAAGGACAUAAAGAGCCAUCCACUGACGUGCAAAGCCUAAAAAUCCAGCAGUUGGAAUAUGAAGUACAACGCCUUAACCAGGUUCUGGAAAAACUGCAGGCAUCAAUGACGGGGCUUGGUGACAGUCUGAGGAACAGUGUCCAGGAAGAUACCAGCAAAACACUUGCCACAUUGUUGAAUAACCUGAGACUCUCUGGCAGUGCUGUUGGCUUUGAGAGUGUUCAUGGUUCAACUGUCCACGAGAAUGCAGAUACAUUCCAUCAAUCAGGAAUGGGUGAAAUGAUGUCUAAAAUAACAGAGGUUAAAGAAACAUUAAAGACUAAGAGUGAUAUGCUCGACGAACUACAUGGAAUGGUGAGUGGGCAUGACGGACAACUGAAGCAGCUAAUGGAAGCAGUUCAAGGGCCUAUUGCUACCUAUUCUCCAUUUUCCAAUGGAGACUUUUAUCAAUCUUAUAUUGAUAGCAAAUUUGAAACGCUGAAGGAAGAGAUGAUGGUUGGCAUUGACAUGAAAUUUGCAGAUAUGAAGAAUUCCUGUGAGUACAGGUUAAUGUCUCUCAAAGAACAAUGUGAAGAAAAUGAGCUGCAGUAUGAAAACAUGGAGAAAUUGCUUCAUGAGAAAGAGGAUGAACUGAGAAAGGAGAUGAGUGGCAUCAGAAAACUUCUGCAGGAAUCACCAGGCCAGUACAACUGCUGUGUUUCUACAAGCACUUUAAAACGCCAAUUGAAUAACAUGAAUAAAAAGAUCUCCAGAGUAACCGACGCAAACAUAGUGUUAAAUGCUAGAAUGGAUAAUGAACUGGAGCGCUUUACAACCCUCAAUCUGGAAAAUAUUUUUGCUGAGAGACUAGAAGAAAUUGAAUCUAGAAUGAAUGUAACUGAGAGAAACGCUGAAGAGCAUUGUUUUUAUAUUGAGUAUACUCUGAGAGGACUCAUUGAAAGUGAAGUUGAUGGUGUGAAAGAUUUGCUAAAGAAGCAGCUCCAGGUGUUACAGAACAAACAUGAUGAAGAUUUGGCAGGACUUGGCAAUACAACUUUAACUGCUGCAUAUGGCAGUGAGCUGGAAUCAUUACUUCAGCAUGAUCUGAAUUCAAGUAACGUGAUGGAGCAUAUUGAGAAUAGGUUGCAGGAGAUAGAGAGUGUCUGCCAGAGUGGUUGUAUAUCUGAUCCAAGGGAGAUGAACAACAUCAAAAAGGAUUUAGAAACCUGCAAGGAGAAUUACAAGGAGCUAUUAUUAAAAACUAAACAAAACUCAAUUCUUGUUACAUCACUUAAUGGUACAAUUCAUGAAGGUUUUAAGAAGGUGGAAGAAAACACAGACUUAGAAAUGGUGCACAAAGAAAUUAACAAACUAAAACUUGCAAUAAACACUGUUGAAAAUACUGUACAAACACAAUGGGAAGGUCUGAAUAAGAGUACCGAAGCACUCGUAACCAUCGAGUCCACGUUAAUGAAGAAGCAGCAGGAGUGUCUGGAUAAAAUUUACAAACUGCAAGAAACAGACAGGAACUUGGAAAUGCAGCUGCACAGGAAUGAAAGUCAGUUAGACGAAGUGAAGGCACAGCUGGAGCAGUUAACAGGUCAGAUGGCUAAAGACAUUAAUAAGUGUAAACAUAAUACACAGGGUAUUCAGAAGGAAGUCUCUCAUAUUGAUAGCAAGAUUGCACAUAUUGAGAAUGUUUGCAGUAAGCUGGAUAAUAUUUCUGGCAGCCUACAGCGGAUUAAAGAUGGACUGAACAAGCACGUGAGUAGCCUUUGGAACUGUGUCCAUCAGAUAAACAAGACUGUGAAAUCCCAUACUGCAGAUAUUGUCACAUUGAAGAAUGCUGGUGUCCGAUUCCGGACUCAGGUCCCCAAAACUGCAUACAAAGUUGAUGCCCUUCCAGUUCAGCCUAUACCAGUGGAAAGAGGUCAAGCAGGACCCCCGGGCACACCCGAGUCAUCACAACUUCCAUCCAAAACAGCUAAAUUUCGACCCGCCACCGGAACAAGCCGUGGUGUUCUUAGGGAAGUAGGUUAUGCGGGUCCACCGGGAUCAGCAGAUACAUCAGAUAACGAUGACUCACACAGAAAGGAGCGACAAAGUACACCGCCCCCUUAUGGAGAAAAUGGAGUGACCAAGAGUACAGUUGUUCCAAAGCACGUGGCUUUUUCUGUGGGCCUGACCAGAAAACCAUUUAUUGGCAAUUCAGGGGUUAUACGAUUCGAUAAAGUUUUAGUUAAUGAUGGACAUCACUAUGAUACAAAUACAGGUAUAUUUACAGCGCCUUUUGAGGGACAAUACCUGAUCACUGCAGUCCUUGCUCCUCAGAGGAAUGAACACAUUGAAGCAAUCCUCUCUGUUUCUAAUCAAAGUGUCAUGCAGAUGGACACUUCUGGCUAUCAGAUUGAACUGUUGGAAUCUCAAAGACCCUUUGUGAGAAGAGAGAUUUGUGGAGGAGUUGGGACCUUCACCCUUAUUCUGAAUCUUAAAGUUGGAGAUGAAGUGAGUGUUAUUGUGAUUGAUGGUAAACUGGUCAACACAGACGAAAUGUAUUCAGCUUUCAGUGGAACUUUGCUAUAUGAAACAUCCCCUCAGAGCUAGCUACCUUGAAAGCAC